AAAGAAAACCCUCUUGUGCAAAUCUAAAAUUAAGCUUUCGUAUUACAAAAAAAUAUUCAUAUUCAUAUUAUCAAAUAUGGAGGGUUUUACAUCAAGUAUCCAUAGUUUUAAACCUUCAUAUUCAUUCAUAGAUAGUGAUCAUCAAAACAUGGAAUUACUUGACCAACAAUUUCCAAUCCAAUAUGAUAACCAAAACAUUAUAACUUCUCAAACCUUAAUGGGGUUAUCAAACGACAAUUUUUACGCACAACAAUUAGUACUACCAUCAUAUGAGCAUCAUCAUCAACUAGUUCAAAGCUUUCAACCGCUUUUUCAACAUGAAAUGAAGAACGUCAUGAUGAUUCCAGAGCCGGUUAUUCCUAUGGGGAACGUCGUAAUUGGGAAGAGAAAAGCAAUGGAUGUCGUCUCAGCAAGUAGUUCGGGCAAUUCGUCAUCUCAUUGCAUUAGUGAGAUUGAUGAGAGAAAGUACUCUCAGAGUUCAUCAGGAAAGGGCAAGAAAGUAAAAGUUAGUGAGAAUGGAGAAACACCAAAGGAUGUGGUACACGUUAGAGCUAGAAGGGGCCAAGCAACUGAUAGUCACAGUAUAGCAGAAAGGGUUAGAAGAGGGAAAAUUAACGAGCGUUUAAAAUGCUUACAAGACAUAGUGCCCGGUUGUUACAAGUCAAUGGGCAUGGCAGUGAUGUUGGAUGAGAUAAUCAACUACGUGCAGUCUUUGCAGAAUCAGGUGGAGUUUCUUUCGAUGAAACUCACAGAAGCAAGCAGAUUUCACGACUUCGAUUCAGACUCAAUGAAUGUUGAUGCAUUUCAGCUGGGAAAUGUUAUUGAGGGGCUGAAAUUGCAGAGAGCACAAGAGAGAGAAGAGAUUGGUCAAGUUGACUCAAGUUUUGGCUGUUAUCCUUCACUACCAUACCAUACUACAACAUGAUACAAGAUCCAUCCAUCCAUCCAUAUUAAUUGUUUCAUACAUACUUUCAUAUAUAGAUAUACACACAUCUUGUAUUUUUGUUACUUUUCUUAAUUUUUUUGAAUAGUUGUAUGAUGGUUACUAUAUACAUACAAAAUGUAUAACAUUUACACACUUGCUGAAAUAAAAGCAAAGUUUGGAUUGCAUCUA